CGAGAAUUGACACAUAUUUUUCUCGAUAGUAUUUCAUAUUAGCUAUUUUUUUUCAAUUUAGUGACAUAAACGCAAAAACAUUACAACAAUUAUUACAAAUAUUUGCAAUAUAACCUAUAAGUAUUGUGACAUUUGAACACCUGUCAACAGGUAAUCUGUCGUCGGUGUCAUUCCAGUGCUUAUUUUAUCAUUAGAUGAAAUGUGGUGCAAAUUCAGACUCUGAUUAAAUUUUUUGAAUGUUCAUUUGCUACAUCAGUUUUAAUUUAAAAUUAUCGAGAAUUUUGUUACGUCAAAAAUGAAGACUCGCUUUAAUACGUUUGAUAUUGUCUGCACAGUGACUGAGUUACAAAAAUGUGUUGGAAUGCGAGUUAAUAAUGUGUAUGAUAUUGACAAUAAAACUUAUUUAAUAAGGCUUCAACGAAGUGAGGAAAAAUCAGUUAUUUUGCUUGAAUCAGGCAACCGCAUCCACGAAACUGGCUUUGAGUGGCCAAAAAAUGUCGCACCGUCGGGUUUCAGUAUGAAAUUAAGGAAACAUUUAAAAAAUAAACGUCUGGAAUAUAUGAAACAACUUGGUACAGAUAGGAUUAUUGACUUGCAAUUUGGAUCUGGUGAAGCUGCAUAUCAUGUUAUUUUGGAAUUAUAUGAUAAAGGGAACAUUAUUUUAACUGACUAUGAAUUCACAAUUUUGAAUGUGCUUCGUCCCCACACAGAAGGCGAUCGAUUUAAAUUUGUAGUUAGGGAGAAAUAUCCACAAGACAGAGCCAGACAAACCAGUAAAUUAACAAAAGAUGCAUUAAUUGAGAUUCUAAAGACAGGUAAAGUUGGUGACCAGUUGAAGAAGGUUCUUGUGUCUAACUUAGAGUAUGGUCCUGCUGUCAUAGAGCAUGUUUUAUUAAGACAGGGUUUUUCAAAUAGUACCAAAAUUGGCAAAACAUUCUCCAUUGAAAAUGAUACUGAUAAAGUUCUUGAUGCAUUAGAUGAAGCUGAAAAGUUGUUUGCAGAAGCUAAAGAGUCCACAUCAAAAGGAUACAUAAUUCAGAAAAAAGAAGAAAGGAUUAAACCUGAUUCAACUGAGAAAGAAUAUUAUUAUUCAAAUCAAGAAUUUAAUCCAUUUUUGUAUGAACAGCACAAGUCAGCUACAUAUAAAGAGUUUUCGUCGUUUAAUGUUGCUGUGGAUGAGUUCUUUUCAUCUCUAGAAAGUCAGAAAUUAGAAUUGAGGGCGUUACAACAAGAACGCGAGGCUUUAAAAAAAUUGGAAAAUGUGAAAAAAGAUCACACUCAAAGACUUUUGGCGCUAGAGAAAACUCAAGAAAUUGAUAAACAGAAAGCAGAACUUAUCACAAGAAAUCAGGAGUUGGUUGAUAAGGCAAUUUUAGCUGUACAAACUGCAUUAGCCACACAAAUUUCUUGGCCAGAUUUAGCUGAACUAAUCAAAGAAGCUGCUUCACAAGGAGAUGAAAUAGCUCAACAUAUUAAAGAAUUAAAGUUGGAAACAAAUCACAUUAGUCUGUAUCUAACAGACCCUUACGCGGAAGAUACUAGCGAUUCUGAGGGUGAAACAGAUGAGGACUGUAUACCCCCAAUGGUUGUUGAUAUAGAUUUAGAUUUAACAGCUUUUGCAAAUGGUAGAAGAUACUAUGAUCAAAAACGUCACGCUGCGAAAAAACAACAGAAAACAAUUGAAUCACAAAGUAAAGCGUUUAAAUCUGCAGAAAAGAAGACCAAACAAACUCUAAAAGAUGUCCAAACAAUUACAAAUAUUAACAAAGCUAGGAAAGUGUAUUGGUUUGAAAAAUUUUUUUGGUUUAUUAGUUCUGAAAAUUACCUUGUUAUUGCUGGUAGAGACCAACAGCAAAAUGAACUUAUUGUUAAAAGAUACAUGAAAUCCAAUGAUGUGUAUGUACACGCUGAUGUUCAUGGUGCCAGUAGUGUAUUGAUUAAGAAUCCAUCAGGUCAAGUUGUGCCUCCAAAGACUUUGAAUGAAGCUGGAACAAUGGCUAUAUGCUAUAGUGUCGCUUGGGACGCCAAAGUAGUAACAAAUGCAUACUGGGUCUGGGGCGAACAAGUUAGUAAAACAGCCCCAACUGGAGAGUACCUGACAACUGGUAGUUUUAUGGUUAGAGGCAAAAAGAAUUUUUUGCCUCUUUCAUAUCUAAUAUUGGGUUUAAGUUUUCUUUUUAAAUUAGAAGAAAGUUGCCUUGAAAAACAUAAAGAUGAAAGAAAAGUGGUUGCUCCUGGUGAAGAAGAUAUUAAUCCCAGUGAAGCAGAAAUCGGCAAAGAUGAAGAAGAAGUUGAAAUUCCUGAUGACAGUGGAGAUGAAGAAAAUAAAGAAGAAACAACAAAUACUCUACAGGAAGAUAUAGAAAAAGAAAAUACUAAUAAUGACAGCUCUUCAGAGAAUGAGGAGGAAUCCAAAUUCCCAGAUACUCACAUAAGAAUACAACAUUUUGAAGGAACUAAAAUAAAUAUUUUGACUGAACCUGUGAUAAAUGAAAAUGAAGAAGUUGAUGAAAAUGAAACUGUUGUGUACUUGGGAGACAACAAACCAGUUCUUGUGAAACCAAAUCAAAGAAGCCGAGGGAAUAGUGAGUCAAAAACCAAACAGCAAAAAACGGAUUCCAAAAAUAUGCCAAAGGAGGAUAGUAGUAAACAACCAACAACCAAACGGGGUCAAAGGAGCAAGCUGAAGAAGAUCAAAGAAAAAUAUAAAGAUCAAGAUGAAGAAGAACGUAAAUUACGGAUGGAAAUUCUUCAGUCUGCUGGAUCAGGAAAAGAACCAAAAAAGAGCAAGAAAAAUAAAAAUACAAGCACAACCAAAAUAAAGAAAACCGAACCUAAAAUAAUAAAGGAAAAAUUGGCCCAAAUUCAAAAAAUCGAACCAGGAGAAGAUGGUGGAGGCGAAGAUGAGGAACCCGUUGUUCAAGCUGAACUGGAUAUGAUAAACUCCCUCACUGGUAUACCUUUUCCUGAUGAUGAACUCCUGUUUGCGGUUCCCGUCGUGGCUCCAUACAAUACUUUAUCAAAUUACAAGUUUAAGGUAAAACUGACCCCCGGAACAGGUCGUAGAGGUAAAGCCGCGCGUACAGCUGUCAACAUGUUUUUAAAGGAUCGGACAAUAACACAACGAGAAAAAGAUUUGCUUAAAGCUGUCAAGGACGAACAACUUGCCAGAAAUUUACCAGGAAAAGUCAAACUGUCAGCACCUAAGUUGCAAAUGUUGCGAAAAUAAUUUUCUCACAAAUGGGUUCUAUAUUUUUGAAAUACAUUUAAACGUUAUUAAAAUUGGUUAAAUUAA